AUGGUAAUUGAGGAGUCUUGGAAUAAGGCCUCUAAAGGUCAAAGCCUACAUGUGUUGGGAGCAAAAAGUAUGAGGCUCAGAGCUGAACUGAAGAAAUGGAACAAUGAAUCCUUUGGCUUGCUUAGUAGAAAGAUUGAAGAAGCAAAAUCAGACUUUGAAAGAGCCUUGCAUGACCCUGGAUUCAUCUGCCGCUUCGGUAUCCCGCAUGUGCUCAGCAUAGACAACGGAACACAGUUCAUUGACAAGAAGUUCGAGGCCCUCUGUGCCAACCUAAGGAUCGAUCACCGGACUACCGCAGUACACCAACCUCAAAGCAACGGGCAGACCGAGGUAACCAACCGCAUCCUACUACAUGGCCUGAAAACGCACUUAGAUCAGGCCAAGGGCAGGUGGGUUGAGGAGCUACUAAGCAUUCUCUGCGCUUAUAGGACGACCCCACGAACUGCCACUAGAGAGACCCCUUUCAAACUGACCUACGGGUCUGAAGCCAUGAUCCCCGUGGAGAUAAGUUCCCCGACCCUUCGAACUGAGCUCUUUGACAAGGAACAGAAUGAUGAAGAUCUACGCGCAGAGUUGGACCUAGUAGAAGAAGCUCGAGACCGAGCAUAUGUGAAGAUGGUUGCACAACAACAGAAGAUGACACGACAUUAUGAUUCUAAGGUAAGAAGACGCAAAUUGAAGACAUUCGACUUCGUUCUGCGCAAAAUCAUAGUCCCCACAACAGGAGAAGGAAAUUUCAGACCGAAUUGGGAAGGACUGUAUAGAGUCACCAGAGUCCUUGGACCAGGUACUUAUAGACUUGAAGACCUCGAAGGUCGACAAAUACUAAUGAGUUGGAACUCGGGAAACCUCAAGAUGUACUACCAGUAG